AUGGAUGGAUGUGGGCCGGCAAAUUAUCGCUCGCAGUUUGGUGGCGCCAAAUUUUCGCGCAUUCGAUGGCUCGAUCCAGGCACAAGAUGCGCGAAUUUCUUGACAUCCACGUAUGAUUGCAGGAGCAGUGAAAUAGCGGCAUGGUCGAUGAUCGAAGGUACUGAUUCCGAUGCGGACGAUUUGUGCGUCUGUGAGUGCAAAUUGGAAGUUUCAACUGAUGUGAAUGAUUUGGUGCUUUGCAAUGCAAAAAGAUUUGCGGCUGCAAUGAAUGAUGGCUCGGUAAGGGUGGUUGCUUAUGACGAAGGUGUCAUCGAACCGGUCACAGUCUACAGCAAUUUGCAUGCAGAAUGCUCCUGCAACGCACUGUGUUUCAACGGUGACCGAGUGAUAUCUGGUGGCCAAGGUGGUACGCUAGGUCUGGCAAGUGUUCGCUCGAUUGAAACAAUCGGUGAACAGAUAUUCGUUUCGGCUCAUCUGGACGGCCAGAUCUGUCUGUGGGAUCUACGAAAAGAAACGGCACCGCUAGCGAAGCCAACGUUUUCGUGGCGUGUCACGGAAUACUUCCAGGGUGCCACAGCUAUCGGUUUUGGCACGGAAGAAGGUGGCAUCGGUUUUCUGGAUACCCGGCAAAGCAGCUACAUUUUGAAUACAAUUGCUAUGCCAUUUCCAGUUGGAACUAUUUGGGAGGUAAUUUGCUUUUCAUUCGCAGAUUUUGAUGGCCAGUCGCGAACAAAUGUAUGGUUGUCACGAUCAGUUCGUUCUGGAAAUGCAUUUGUCACGAUCCUCAUCAAUGGAUUUGCCUCAGUGAACACUUUCGAUGUAUCAGCCAAGGGAAUUUUGGCAUGCUCCGAUAAUCAAAUGAUUACUUAUAUUGACAAAAAUUACUUAGCAUGA